GAGAAGAAAGUCAGAAACCACCGGGGGUUUAAAUUGACCAGAAAAGGGAAAACACUCACAUACACAUGCCUUCCUUCCAAGUCACCCGUUACAUCCCCACCGACUCUUUCUCUCUCCUGGCCGGCCGCCAAUUUCACGGCGUUGGCUUGCUUCCGGUAAAUCCCUCCUUUUUGUGAUCGCAAAGUCACAAGCACAAGCCAAGUAUUUGUGCUGAAAUCGUUAUAUGCACGCCCAUACGUAGCAGGUGAGAGAUGGAGGGCACGGCAGCAAAGCCCCAGCAAAUCUCCGAGAUGUUCCAGAAAUUCGCCCACGCCUUCAAGGCCAAGACUUUCGAGCUCUUCGCCGACGACGACGACACUUCUUCUCCGGACGACGCCGAUGUUUACACCCUCCUCAACUCUGCCGACGAGUUCAUUACGGAUCAGAAAGUGGUGGUUAUCAAGCCCGAUGCUCCGGACCCUGCAGCGAAAGCCCACUUCGUCAAUGCCCUCGUCUCCUCACUCUUAGCCAACGUUUCAUCCUUUGAGGCCUCCUAUCUUCAGCUCCAAAUGGCCCACGCCCCUUUCAGCGAGAAAGCUAUUGAAUCAGCCGACAAAGCUGUCGUUUCAAUUCUUCAGAAAUUGACUGAAAUCAGGAAUCUCUAUUGGAGUUUCAAGAAACAUCCUAGCUGCAAUCUUGAGUAUUUCCCGGUGGGGUCCGUUUUCGAGUUCCAAGUUCAAGAGAACCAGAGCAAGCUCAGAGCCCUGGAGACCAUGGUAAAUCAACUACAGUCUGAUAUUGAGUCUAAGGAUGAUGAGGUUUUGAUUUUGAAGAAGAAAUUAAAUAAAAUUCAAGACACCAAUUCCAUUUUAUCAAAAAGGCUAGGGUUAAGAGCUGAGAGCUUAUGCAAUACCACGGAUGUCAUGUUAACAGUUCGUGUUUUUGAAUCUCUUUUGCGUGAUUCGUUGAAGUCUGUGCAUUGUUUUAGCAAGACACUACUGGAGCUGAUGAGAAAAGCUGGAUGGGAUCUGGAUCAGGCUGCCAAUUCUGUUUAUUCUGAUGUAAACUAUGCAGAGAAAGGGCACAACAAGUAUGUCUUUCUCUCUUACGUUUGUUUGGAGAUGUUCCGGGGUUUUGAUAAGGACAAUUUCGGGAUACAGUGCAGUGGUUGCAAUGACUCUACUUGCGGUAAGAGUGGGUACCUGAGACAGCUAAUCGAGCAUGUCUCAUGCAAUCCACUGGAUGUUUUGCAAAAGAGUCCGAAUUGCGGGUUUUCAAGAUUUUGCGAGAACAAGUAUGAGCAACUGAUCCAUCCCACAAUGGAGACAUCAAUAUUCAGCAAUAUGGACCGUAAGGAACUUGUAUUGAAUUCGUGGAAAUCGUUGAGCGUAUUUUACGAAUUCUUUGUCAGGAUGGCAAGCUCGGUAUGGCUGCUUCACAAGUUGGCAUUUUCAUUCAAUCCCGUGGUAAAGAUCUUCCAAGUGGAAGCAGGGGUGGAUUUCUCAAUGGUGUACAUGGAAGACAUCACUAGGAAAAACAGCUUCUUUUUGGGCAAGACUAGGCCCAAGGUUGCUUUCACCGUUGUCCCUGGGUUCAAAGUAGGUAGGAUGAUCAUUCAGUCUCAGGUUUACCUAACCCCAAUGGCUUUAAACAUCCAUCCAUAGCUCUCUUAAAAACUAGGAUUUGCAUUCUGUAGUGACUGGCUGAUACCGAGCGUGUUCCGUUGGAAAUGCCGGUUCAUCCCAAAUAUGCAGAACAAGACCUUAAUGUAGAAGUGUUCAUUUCCCUCACCUCAAGCACAUACUACAAGUGUCUCGAGCUGGUUUGGCUGUGCUACAUAUAGUUUGCUCCAUAGGAAUUUCAUUUGGUUGGUAAUGUUUGAUGAAUCUUAAGGAGAUGUAUGUAUAGAAAGGAGUGACCAUAUAGAGCAAUAGAGGAAGGGGUUCAGUUUCUCCCUUUCUCUUUUUUAUUGGAUCUCAGUAUCUCACAUUAAUUACACCAUUAAACUUUAUUAGAUUUUAAAUAUGUAUAUAUUAAUUCUCAGUGCUGAUUUGAAUAUUAACUCGGACAAUUUAA